CAUAGAAAGAUAUUUAUAAAGUUUAACCUAGACAAAUGUUUAAAAAAAAACAUUUUACCAAAAAAGUUUAUAAUAAAUUGGUGAGAAAUAAAAGGAAGUAUUGGAAACAGUCUACACGUUCUUCUGCUUCACUCUAACACUUGUGCGCCCUUCUCUUCUUUGUCUUCUUCCUCAAAUUUGCUUCGUUCACUUUCAGAUUCUCUCACCAGACACGAACUCCAGAUUCAUCCCGACAAUGGAAACAUUCCAUCUCCUCCUUUUUCUUUCCCACUUUCUCUUCUUCACGACGUACACCACGCUUACCUCAGCAAAAUCUCAGAUCGUUGACUGUACAAUGUGCACUUCUUGUGACAACCCUUGUCAGCCAAACCUCUCUCCUCCGCCUCCGACUCCAUCUCCUCCGCCUCCAGCCACCACCACCACCACUGCUUGUCCUCCGCCUCCUAGAUCCGGCGGUAGUGGUAGUGGUGGUGGUCCUUACUACUACUACCCACCUCCUUCUCAGUCUGGCUCUUACCGUCCACCACCAUCUUCUUCCGGCGACGGUGGCUACUAUUAUCCGCCGCCGAAAAGUGGAGGGAACUACAACCCUUAUACGCCGCCGCCAAACCCAAUCGUUCCGUACUUUCCGUUUUACUACCACAGCCCUCCCCAGCAAUCUGUUGUGUCGGCCGGAUCUGAUGUGAAAGUCAAACUCUCUUACGUGUUUUCUUUGGUUAUAAUUUUUGCUCUUUACUUAUAAUUGUAACAUCAAGAAACCCUCAGAUCUUUGUAAGGAAGAACACUAUGCAUGAGAGAUCUUGUACAAGUAGCAAAUUUAUCUGUACUUCUAUCAUUUUUAACAAUUUUAUGAAUGAAGCCUUUUAUUAUCUUA